AAUCAAUGUAAUGUCAUGUCAUGUCACCUGAAGAGGUUGAUAAGGUUGAUAACCAUCUGGCAGUGUGCACCGGAAACUAAGGAGUCACCACCCCGGAAGAGGAAGUAUCAGCGAAAGGAGGUGGUGUUUUUGAACACAUUUGCGAAAAAAACACCAGAGCCGCGCACACUCGUCCUGCUCCGGAGGACUACGCGCACAGAGGGGGGGCCCUGUUUACAUUUUGAAACCCGUCAAACAGUGCUUCUGAGAAGCAUGAAUGACUUUGCAGUUCUCAACACGGGCCGGAAGAUGCCCCUGCUUGGACUGGGCACGUGGAAGAGUGAGCCAGGAAAGGUGAAACAAGCAGUCGUUUGGGCCUUGGAGGCCGGCUAUCGCCAUAUCGACUGUGCAGCAAUUUACGGCAACGAGGCUGAGAUUGGAGAAGCCCUGCAGGAGAUACUGGGCCCCAGCAAGUCGCUGAGGCGAGAGGACGUGUUCAUCACGUCCAAGCUGUGGAACAGCCGGCAUCACCCGGAAGACGUGGAGCCGGCCCUGCUGAAGACCCUGAAGGACCUGAAGCUGGAGUACCUGGACCUCUACCUCAUCCACUGGCCCUACGCCUUCCAACGAGGAGAAUCCCCCUUCCCCAGGCAGGAGGACGGUACCAUGCUGUAUGACGACAUAGACUACAAGCUGACCUGGGCUGCCAUGGAGAAGCUGGUGGGGAAGGGUCUCGUCAGAUCCAUCGGCAUGUCCAACUUCAACAGUCGUCAGAUAGACGACGUCCUGUCUGUGGCCAGCAUCAAGCCAACUGUCCUUCAGGUAGAGGGCCAUCCCUACCUGGCCCAGAUAGAGCUGCUGGCCCACUGUCGGGACCGGGGCCUGGUGAUGACGGCCUACAGCCCGCUGGGCUCCCCGGACCGGGCCUGGAAACAUCCAGAUGAGCCCGUUGUGCUUCAGGAGCCUUUGAUCACCUCCCUCGCUGAGAAAUAUAAAAAGUCCCCAGCUCAAAUUAUUCUGAGGUGGCAGAUACAGCGAGGAGUGGUGACGAUCCCCAAGAGUGUGACAGAGUCUCGCAUCAAAGAGAACAUACAGGUGUUCGACUUUACCCUCGAGGCCGAGGAAAUGAACAGUAUUACAGCACUGAACAAAGGCUGGCGCUACAUUGUGCCAGUGAUUGAGGUGGAGGGAAAGCGCGUUCCCAGGGACACCGGACAUCCUCACUACCCUUUCAACGACCCCUACUGACGACUCGCACCACAACACAUAUCUGUGCCUUCAACAACCCCCCGUCAGCACCACACCGCCCUCCCACAACACUAGUAACCACCUCUGGAUCCUGGCAUCGGAAAUUGCCUUUAGCUCAUGUCAAAUGUUGCACGUUAUCAUUUGAAGUUACUGUUGCUGAUCUUGUACGACUGUACGCAUUAUGUACCUGUUAUUUUUUAAAUAAACAUUUUGUUACUUCA